CCGCUACCGGCCCGGAUGAUGACUUUUACGUUUUUUUCUUGUUGAACUUUGCCGUCGUGUCGCUUUCUUUGAGAAUAUUGCUGAAAAGUAGCCGAUUUUCGGGCCAUAAUUUGUGAUCGGUGGACGCACAAGAAAGCAAUCAUGGGUCUGCUGUACGCGUUGCGUGUGAGGAUCAUGAACUUCAUGAUUUUCUUCCUCAUCAUCAUCCUGAUUCCCGGUCUGCCGCCGCGCACCACUUUCCCCUUCAAGGAAUAUUUAGUGACCCCACCCAAGGACCUGAAGGGCGCUCUGGAGCAAAACUUUCACCUGGAGGGCGCCGAACGACUGCUGGAGGGGCGGGUCUAUGGUCCCGAGUGCCUGAUAGCCCGCAACAACGAGAUCUACACAGGCAUCCAUGGCGGUGAGGUCAUUAAGCUAACCACCAACCAUGUCACGCAUGUCACCAAGAUCGGUCAGCCCUGCGAGGACAUUUACGAGGAGUCCAGGUGUGGUCGUCCUCUGGGACUGGCUUUUGAUACGCAGGGCAACAACCUUCUCAUUGCCGACGCCUACUACGGCCUGUGGCAGGUGAAUCUGGAGAACCACAAAAAGACCCUGCUGGUCUCCCCAGCCCAGGAGCUCGCCGGCAAGUCCAUUAAUCGUCCUGCCAAGAUUUUUAACGGCCUGACAGUGAGCAAACAGGGAGACAUUUACUGGACUGACUCCUCAUCCGAUUUUACUAUUGAAGACCUAGUCUUUGCCAGCUUUGCUAAUCCCUCGGGCCGUCUCUUCAAAUACGAUCGCUCGAAGAAUGUGAGUGAGGUGCUUUUAGACGAACUGGUCUUUGCCAACGGAUUGGCCCUCAGUCCCAACGAGGACUUUAUUGUUGUGGCUGAGACGGGAGCCCUGCGCCUCACCAAGUAUUACCUGAAGGGAGCCAAGGCCGGGCAGAGCGAGGUGUUCGUCGAUGGACUGCCCGGCUUGCCCGACAACCUGACGCCCGACGCCGAGGGCAUCUGGGUGCCACUGGUUGUGAGCUCCGACAGCGAGCAUCCCAAUGGUUUCACUCUGUUCACCCGGUUCCCCAGCGUGCGGCUAUUCCUGGCACGCAUUUUGGCACUCUUUGAGCUGCCUUUCCGGUACCUGAACAGUGUCUAUCCAAACAAGUUCUCGCAGCGCUUUGUCCACUUCGUGGGACACAUGGAAAGUAUUGGUGUGCUGGCGCCCAAACGCACGACGGUGGUGCGCGUGGACUGGAACGGUAACAUUGUGGGCUCCCUACACGGAUUUGACAAGUCGGCCUCCACGGUUUCGCAUGUGCUGGAGUUCCAGGACUUCCUAUUCCUGGGCUCGCCCACCAAUCAGUACCUGGCGCGUGUGAAGUCGCCCAAGACCAAGCAGCCCACGCUCAAGGUGCGCAACGUUCGCGUCGAGGGCGAUGGCCUGGAGGCGUCUAUUGGUGUUCCACCCAUCACAACCACUCCUAAGCCACAGCCCAAAGCGGCGCCCACCACAACCACGCCAAAACCCACCACAACGACUACGAGAACUACGCCAAAACCCACUACCACGACGACAACUACCAAGAAGCCAACAACGACCACCACGACUACAACCACCACUCCUAAGCCAACCACCACGAAGCCGCCGACGACGAAGCCACCUUCAACUACGACAACCACUACAACUCCCAAGCCAGCUGCGACUACUACACCCAAGCCGGCUAAACCGACCCCCAAGCGCACAGUGCCUGACAAACCCGCGCCCGUCGAGGAGGAGAUUCCAUCGGACACUAAGCCACCCAAGAAUGAGAAGCUCAAGGUCAUUAACAAGCAGGGCGCUAAUGUGGAGCUCUAAGAUUGCAUUAGCUUUCUGAGCUUAUCAAGGAUAUUCCCAGACGCGAGAUUAGUUUAUUCACGUAGUCAAAGCCCAUUCUGUUUAUUAUCUAUUCUCCCUCCAACAUCUCAACUAUUUUUGGGGAAUAUCCAGCCAAGUCAUUUUUAUUUUUCAUGCCCCAAACUCAACGGCUAAAAGGCCAGUUAAUUUUAGACGAAAGGUAGCUAAAUGCUGACUAGCCGAAUUCCUAGCUCAGAUGAUCCUCGAAGGGCAGCGCUUUAUAUGUCUUAGGUUCGCAUAUAAUUCGGUUUUGCUUAAGCACUCUAAACAUUCCAUUCCCUUUCUCAAACAGGAAGUGCAUUCCAACUAGUUAAGUUUAAAGUAAACAAUGCCUCUAAAUUGUUGAAAGCGAGCAACUUUUGAUUUUGUACUGAUUUUUUCUUAUUUUCAAUGUAAAAUAAAGGUAUUUUGUAAAAAUA